AUGCCAGCAGUACAGUAUUCAGAGCCAGCGAACGCUGGUGGAUUGUCUUACGAGCCUGGCUCAGAUGAGAGGAAACUCUUGAAAGCUGCCCUCGCCGAGAUGGAAAGCACCGUCACCGAGAUCCCGAGUAUUAUCAACGGGAAACGCAUCCGCACUGGCCACAAGGGCAAACAAGUCAACCCCUGGGAUCGAUAUGGCGCCCCCUUGGCUGAGUACCAUCAAGUGGACCCGGAGACCAUCAAGGCGAAGGCCAUCCCAGGCGCCCUAGAGGCGAGAAAACAUUGGGCCAACAUGUCAUUCAAGGACCGUUGUGCCAUCUACAAAAAGGCUGCAAAACUUGUCGAGUCGCCCAAAUACCAGUGGAAGCUGAUGGCGGCAUCCAUGAUCGGCCAAGGAAAGACGUGUGGGCAGGCGGAGGGCGACUGUAUUGCGGAAGUCAUCGAUACUCUGAAUUUCCAUGUCUAUUUUUGCGCCCAGCUUUAUGACCAGCAACCCCCCAAGCAACUUGACUCGUCAUCGAGCCGGCUGGACUACAGACCCCUAGAAGGCUUUGUGCUCGCUAUUUCACCCUUCAACUUUACCGCGUUGGGAGCACACAUUGCUUUCACGCCUGCUCUGUUAGGAAAUGUCAUCCUUUGGAAGCCCUCGCCCAUGGCGGUCUUGUCGAACUACCUACUGUACCAAAUAAUGGAGGAAGCGGGUAUACCAACAGGCGUUAUCCAGUUUUUACCCGUCGAGGAUCCCACUCGAGUUGUUGAGCCAGCCAUCGCCAGUCCUCAUUUCGCCGGUCUACAUUAUACCGGUUCUUCAGCUGUCUUGCGAGCACCCUGUACUCAGAUUGGUACGAAAACAAACAUUUACAAGAAUUUCCCACGCAUUGUCGGGGAGAGUGGCGGCAAGAACUUUCAUCUCAUCCAUGACUCCUGCAAGGAUGAUGUUGAACGGUUGGCGUCCGAAGCAGUUUGUUCGGUGUACAAGCAAACGGGACAAAGCACUGCACUUUUGACCCUGGAACUUGUCCCGAAAACCAUAUGGAAACAAGAAGCGUCUAAGAUGACACACGGCGAUGAUGUCAAACAGCUUCAUCACCCGUUAGGCCCUAUGAUCUCAGAGGCCGCUUUUCAGCGAUUUGAACAAUUUCGGCAACACAAACGGCAGCAAGGGUUUCUUUGUCCAGCCUGUCAUUUUGAAAUGAAACCAACUGUCAAGGGUCUGGAGUCGGAUUUAAUGACCAAGGAGCUCUUUGGACCCCUCUUCGCCGUUCAGACAUACAAUGAUGCAUCACCAACUGGCUUUGAGGACGUAUGCGAGCUCAUUGACAGCACCUCGGAGUAUGCUUUGGCAGGCUCUGUCUUCGCCCGUGAUAGGAGGGCUGUCAAAAUUGCCGAUGAGAAGCUGGGCGAUUCGGUUGGAAAGUUUUGCAUCAACGACAAGAGUACCGGCGCCAUCAUCGGCGCGCAUCCCUUUGGUGGAGCCAGGUCCAGCGGCACAAAUGACAAGGCAAACUUGGUGAAUGUUCUUCUUAGAUUCUCGAGUAUUCGUUGCGUUAAAGACACCUAUGUCAGCAGCAGCAGUACCCUGAGUGCCUGCCAUGUUCCAGAGUAG